GGGGAGCAUCACGGAGCGACAUACGAGGCCGAGAAUUUUGUCGGCAGUAGAAUCGAUCGAAGGAAGGGUGAGCUUGAAUCGUGGAUUAUGCGAGACAAGUUCCAAGCACCACCACUGCCACCGUUGCAAUCCCGUUACAGCGUGGUUGCGAUUGAAUUCGCGAAGAGGAGGGCCUCUCUGUGUGCAUUCAAACCCCCCGCGAUUCCAUUCCUUCCGGUGCUCUUCUUCAUCUUGCAUCUUUUAGUCGUCGUUGCCGUCGCAGUUUUGCAUGCGCGGCCUUCAUAGCUCUUUGGGUGCGAUCAUAGAGCGGUUGCGACGGAAGGAAUGAGUUGGAGUGUGGGGCUUACUGCCGGGGAAGGUCAUGUCGGGAGUUGGGUUUAGGGUAUAGGGUUUUGGGUCCUCGGCAUUGGGCUGCGAAAGCAUUCGGUCUUUGAGGGAUUGGGUGGAAUUCCUGACUCGGGAGUGUGUGAUUGGGAGGAUCGGUCUGUGAGAAUGGCGGAUGAUAUGAUAGUGGACUCCGUGCCUCGUAGUCUGUCAGCUUCUCAGAAGGGUAAGGGGAAGGUCGAUUUGAAUAAUGGAAGGCAAGUGAAAGGAGGGCCUUGGGUGGAGAAGUAUAGACCCACUUCUCUCGCUGAUGUCGCUGCGCACAAGGACAUUAUCGACACCAUUGACAGGUUGACAGGGGAGAAUCGGCUACCUCAUCUGCUUCUGUAUGGGCCACCAGGCACAGGAAAAACUUCUACCAUUUUGGCAGUUGCGCGGAAACUUUACGGUGCACAGUACCAGAAUAUGAUUUUGGAGCUAAAUGCUUCAGAUGACCGUGGAAUCGAGGUCGUGCGCCAGCAGAUCCAAGAUUUUGCAAGUACUAAGAGUAUAUCUUUUGGACCAAAGGUGAAUGUGAAACUUGUUAUUUUGGACGAGGCAGAUGCAAUGACGAAAGACGCCCAAUUUGCAUUGCGUAGAGUUAUUGAGAAGUAUACAAAGAGUACGAGGUUUUGUCUUAUUUGCAACUAUGCUAGUAAGAUCAUUCCAGCACUGCAAUCUAGGUGCACAAGGUUCAGGUUCGCUCCAUUGGAUCCUGCCAAUGUCACAGAGCGGCUUCGCUAUGUUAUUCAACAAGAAGGUUUGGAUGUGACAGAUGGUGGGUUGGCUGCUAUAGUGAGACUUGCCAAUGGAGAUUUGCGUAAGGCCCUAAAUAUCCUUCAGUCGGCACAAAUGGCAAGCCCUCACUUAACUGAAGAGGCCGUCUAUUUGUGCACUGGUAAUCCAAUGCCAAAAGAUAUUGAGCAGAUCGCGUAUUGGCUGUUGAAUGAACCUUUCUCUACUUCCUUCCAAAAUAUAACAAAAAUGAAGACAAGCAAAGGUUUGGCAUUGGUCGAUGUCGCUAGAGAGCUGCAACCAUUUGUAUUUACUAUUAAUAUGCCCCCAACAGUUAGGGUUCAGCUGAUUGACGCUCUUGCAGAUGUCGAAUACAGAUUAGCUUUUGGUACAAACGAGAAGCUGCAAUUGGGAGCCUUACUUGGUGCAUUUACUCGCGCCCGGACAGCUUUGGUGGCUGCAGCUCGGUGACCAUACAGCUUAUGUCUAGAACCUGCGUACAUUGCCAGUCACCAUCAAUAUUGAGUUACCUCUUGGAAAAAUAUUUGAACAUUCGAAGUUGCUCAUGUUGGUCUUGUGUCUCAGGCGUUGUGGCUUUAUUGAAACGGUUUGCUGUGUGCUUAAACUCGGCCAUACAACAAAAUGAACUCGCCAAUUCGCAUAUGAAAAUCAAUUGGUAGACAUUCCACUGACAAUCUUGAGCUUAAGUUCACUGUUGCACUUAGGAAAAGCAUGGGAGGUGUGUAUCAUGUGCCAAUGAACAAUGUAGCUGGCUUACGGAGCUUUACAACUUAAAUUUCAGCUUUGAAGGAAAGUGAAAAGUAUUCCUCACACUCACUGAUGUAUA